GUCAUUUCUCUGCAGAAGAUACUUUGAGAACUCUACUGACCAUCCAGCUUGAAGUCCUGUCAGUAGAUCACUGGCUGCCUGCUAAGUGGUGGAUGUGGAUGCUCUUAUUGAAAAGAAAUGAAUGCAGCUAGUGCUGUAUCAAGAGUUAAGACAUGGCUCUUGGCAGCAUGGCAUGUUAAAGUGCCUCGGAUGUGGCUGGAAGCUUGUGUUAACUGGAUCCAAGAAGAAAAUAAUAAUGCUAAUUUGAGUCAGGCACAAAUAAAUAAACAGGUGUUAGAACAAUGGCUUCUUACUGUCCUGAGAAACUUGGAACAUCCUCUCUUACCUGAUGACAUUUUAGAAAUUCCAAAGGGAGAACUGAAUGGAUUUUAUGCUCCACAGAUCAAUUCGUUGGUUGAUGUAAGUCAACCUGUGUAUUCCCAGAUACAAAAGCUGAGAGGAAAGAAUACAACCAAUGAUCUAGUUUCAGCUGAAACACAGAGUACUCCAAAACCAUGGGAAGUAAGGUCUUCAUGGAUGCUAAUGCUGCCGCUCACUGAUGGGGUCACACAAAUUCAGGGAAUGGAAUAUCAGUCUAUUCCAGCUCUCCAUAGUGCUCUUCCUCCGGGUACAAAAAUUUUAGUUCAUGGACACAUUUUGUUCCGUCUUGGCGUUCUCUUACUGAAACCAGAAAAUGUGAAGGUGUUAGGAGGUGAGGUAGAUGGUCUUUCAGAAGAAUAUGCCCAAGAAAAAGUACUUGCAAGAUUAAUUGGUGAACUCGAUCCUACAGUUUCAGUCAUUCCAAAUCACUCCAAUCACAGUGUACCCAGAGUUUCAGGGGGUUUAGAUGCUGUUUUGGGGCCUUCGGAUGAAGAACUCUUGGCAAGUCUUGAUGAAAAUGAAGAGCCUGCAGCAAAUGUGACUAUGGAAAGAAGCUGUUUCAGCACAGGUAGUUCCUCAAACACUAUUUGGACAAAUCAGUCUAGUUUUGAGCCAGGAUGUAAUAUUUCUUCAAGGCCAAAGGAAAAAACACCAAACCAGCCUAUGCAUUUCACUGAUGGAGAAUUUGAUGACUUCUCACUAGAAGAGGCCUUGCUUUUGGAAGAAACUGUCCAGAAAGAACAGAUGGAAACAAAAGCAUCACAGCCACUAACUUUGAAGGAAAACAUAAACAUACGUAAAUGUGUGGAGAUCUUUUCACAUAAACCUAGUAGUCUAAACCACACGACUUUGAUUCAUAAACAAGGAAACAGCAAUUUCAAUGAAAAAAUAUCUGAACUAAUGAUUCAUGAAGACAAAUUUUUUGACUGUUCAUCUACUAGAGACAAUCAUAAGAGACUCUUAGCUCAUGAUCUUACAAAUGAAAGUAAGAUUUCAGAAGUAGAUGAUAUAGCACAACAAACCAUCAGCAGUUCAGAUGAACAUUGCUUAAGUAAUAAAAUAUUAAACAGAAAGCUGGACAUAUCAGAAAAGAGUUCACAAAUUUCUAAAGAAAAUGGCUUCCCUUUCCAGGCUUGUUCUUCAAGAUCAUUUGAGAAUAAUACUUGUCUUUCUAUUGGCAUGGACUUACAUUCUCCACCCUUUAUCUAUUUGUCUGUUCUAAUGGCCAGAAAGCCAAAGGAAGUUACCACUGUGAAAGUUAAAGCAUUUAUUGUCACUUUAACUGGAAAUCUCUCAAGUUCUAGUGGCUCUUGGUGUGUAACUGCAAAGGUUUCUGAUGGUACUGCAUAUCUAGAUGUAGAUUUUAUAGAUGAAAUACUUACCAGUAUGAUAGGGUAUUCAGUACCAGAAAUGAAACAAUUAAGAAAGGACCCUCUUAAAUAUAAAAAAUUCCUAGAAGGGUUACAAAAAUGUCAGCGAGAUGUGAUAGAUGUGUGUUGCCUAAUGACUAUUUCAUUUAAUCCUUCUUCAUGUAAAGGCAUGGUAUUGGAAUUUCAAGAUGUUGGUAUGGAACACCUUGAGGACCUAAAGAAACGGUUGAAUAAAUAAUUGGCCACAAUGCUAUUGGAGCACACUUUAAAACAGGCAACUAUUUGGAAUCAAAUUUGUUUAUUCUCAAUUUUGGAAUUCUGUAAAAGAGCUUCAGAGCUUAAGAAUGGCUGAGACUGCUCAGUGGUUAAUGGACUUUCUGCCAAGUGUGCUGACCUCAGUUUGAUCAUCUCCUGGUCCCUUGAGGCAAAAGGAGAGACCCAGCUUCCAGAAUCUAUUGUUAGUCUACUAAACAGGUAGCAUGGGACACACACACACACACACACACACACACACACACGGUAAAUGAUAUUUUAAAAAUAAAG